AGCGUUCUCACAGCGCAAAUAGAAAUAGCGCAGUAUCCGGAAUUUGCGGGCUUUUAUCGUUUAUUUACGUUGAAAUAAGAAAUCACAAAUUUUGUUAAUUGUCUUCAGUUAUGUUGAUCACAACAGGAAUCCUACAAAGUGUCGUGAAGCUUCCAAUAAUCUAUGAUUUUUAUUACAAAACUAUUUAAAUAUUUAUCUUAUUUCCUCUGUUAUUCAUUUAUUUAUCGCAAUCACUGAGACCAGGAGAAAUUCACGCAAAGAUAAUGUCAAACCACGCAGAGUUGACGUUUAAGGAUCUCCAAAAUGACGAGCGGUACAAGAGGUUAGAACGCACGUUGAAAAUGGCAUUGUUGAAGAAUACUGAAAGUAGAACAAUAGAGAAUGGAAACACUGGCGGAUGGCCAAGUAUUUCUAGUAUAACUGGUGACAAUCUAGAUAUGAGUUGUGCCGCAAUGUCAUCCAGAUCAUCGAGGAAUGGCAGUGAAGUUAUCGCGUCGAGUUCAACCCUAAGAAACUUGUUGCACAAAAAAAUGUCUAGCGAUAUUUGCAACAACGUGGGAACUGCGAGCGGAAUUCAAUUUUUGGAAAAGAAAGAUAAAGACAGUCUGAUGAUGCCACCACCUAGAAUGCCAGGUCUUUUUUCAGGUCAACCUAAAAUAACUGAGUUAGAAAAACAGUGUACACCUUUUGCAAAAAUGUUGCCAAAUCAAGGCAGAAAAAAACAAGCUUUUGCAAUGUCCACUCCAAAAAAUAGCGAACCCUCGGUUACUCAUUCUCUAAAAUGUGUUGAUGAAGAUCCUAACGCUUGCUUUGAAGAACGAAAUGAAUAUCAUGGAAAAAAUUAUUUAAAAGACAGUGAUAAUGGUGAACGAAACAGAACGCAAGAAAGAAUUUUCUCAAGAUGGCGUGUUUUACUGAACGACAAGAGCCAGUUGAUCAUUAAAGGAACUCUGGAAUGUGGAAAAAUUGCUAGGAGCAAACCUGUGAUCAGAAGACUCAGCGCUACCAGCGUUCAGUCUAUUUUCAAACACACUUAUCAUCUCCAGGGCAAUCUUGUCGAUGAACGAAAUGAAUUACCCGAUUACGUGAGCGGAAAGUUUUACAACGGUUUUCCGGACGACUGGGAGAACGUUUACCAAGUGUGGCGAAAUUUCGUUAGUGGUGGCAGCAGAUUGAGUUUUCGUUGGCCAACUGCAAUAACUGAUAGCGACGACGAUAUUAAGAGUGGAAUAACGGAACUCUCGUGUUAUCCGAGAUUUGAAAAGCACACUAAAUCAAAAUCGCCUCGUAAGCGAACACGAUGUUCAAAACCGUUGUCCCCAAUUGCUUCGACAUCGACCAACAAGGAAAAUGAGAUAGCCAUAAAUCAGUGCGCUUGUUCUCACGUCAAAUCUCCUGUUCCAGGAAAUUCCCUCGAAACUUCGAUAAAAUCGAUAGAAAGUUGGCCACUGAACACCACACAAAGUAGGCACACUAGCGAAUGCGGAGAUCGGGAACAUAAAAAUAGAUCGAUGCACAACAUUACCAACCCUGCAAGUUUGAACAGUACUUGUAAAAAUUCUGGAAAUUCAUUAACGAAUAUUAUUCAGGAAGACAAACUCAACAUAAUACUCAACAAUUUAGCGGAUAAAAACUGUCCCCUCCAAUAUAUACAAAAAAUCAUGGAAAUGCUCGAGUGCAUGAAGUAUGUAAUUUCUUAUCAAACGGAAUCUAAUAACGCAGAAACUCAGAUUUCUUUAAACGAUGAGGAAUCGUGUACUCGGAAACCGACUAAUCAGCUCGUAGAGGAAAAACUUGACUGCGGAAGCAUAGCACAACAUUCGAAGAACGUGUUUCCUGAAAAUACAACUGAAAAUCAAACUGUACCAGCUAAAUUGUCCCAAAGCCGACGAGACAAAAGUGCUCGGCGAAAAUUAUCGAAAGGAGAUUACGAUAGUACUGAAUCGGAAAACGAUUGUCACGAACCACGAAAACGAAGAUCAGUACACUCACGUUUCCAAGAGAAAACCCGGAAAUCCCACAAAUAUCAAAAUAGCAAAUCAUCAAGUUUAAUCACGAAAAUCAAAUGUACCGGAGCAUCGCUUGAAACAGAAAAAGUGACUGAUGCUCACACAAAUAGAGACAGCCAAAGUGAGUUAAGUUUGAGCGAGAAUGAAUUUUUAGAUGAAAGGAAUACGAAGAGAAGUUCGCGAGAUAAAGUAAUCAUCAGUUCUGGAAAACCCAGAAUUAUGGCACACGAUGUCCGUGGAGUUAUCAAUAACCAUGACUCGAGCGUUAGCUUCACCGAAGAAGAACGUGAAGAAAAUUACAAGCCUCGAAUGAAAGCCUUGAGGCAAGCGAACUAUGACUCGAGUGUUAGCAUAACCGAAGAUGAACGUGGAGAAACUCGAAGCGGACUUGCAAAUGUUGAGAAAUUGAACUAUUCUCCAAAAAUUCUCCAAACUCAGCCAGUUCAACCGGAAAUACGUAGAAUAGAAACCCGAGAUGUGCUAAGAAGCUCUUCGAAGUGCAACAACGAGUCGAAUUGCGUUUCUAUCGAUUCGGGAAUCGAGAGAACUAGUUCUGCUCACCGGUUACCAGUUGAAACUCCAACGAUCGAAAGAUCAACAUCGAUAGACGCAAGUAAUAAAAAAACCCGAUCUUCCGAAGGUAAUUUUCCCCACGAACAAGAAAUCUCAACUGAUUUUUCCCCGAGCCCGAAUCACCAAAAAAUUCAGAACCCCAUACGUUCGAUCGUAGAAACGGCAUCGCACAAAUCAGUCGCUGCCGAUCCCUCCAACGGACCUGAAUUUCACCAAAUUCGCAACAACGUUCCAUUGUCUCCAACAAAAAUAAAAAUUCUAAAGAAGAAGCCUGUCGUCGUCAUCAGCUCCGAGCCCGUGCAUGUCGAUUUACGGAAGUACUAUCGAGCAAAUAUAAAAAAUGGAAUCGAAAAUUGUACGAAUGCUACUAGCCCCCCUCGACACUGUCAGGAACAGGUGGAAAAUGAAGAAUCAACGGAUGAAGCAAAAAAUCUGCCAAACAAAUCAAAAAAUUCCAUGAAAUCUGUAACAGAACGUAUCAAGAUUACAGAUCAGAUUUUAAGUUCCCAAUCACCAAAGAAAGGAAUAAAUAUUAAGCCUGUUGAUCAGAAAGCAGAGACCGAAGAAAUAAAGCUGACAAAAAACAAAUCAGUGAGCGAUGUUGAAAAUUUGUCCCUUCCCAAGUACGGAUCUGAAGAUAAACCCAAAAAGCUCACUCGCUGGGUACCCGUUGUCAUUUGUGACGACAAUAACUCUAAAUGUCACUUGGUAUUUGAGGGAAAAUUGUUAAAUGAAGCUGAUCACGUCGAAAAUCGAAAAUUUACAACUGAUUUUGUUGAGCGAAGAAUAAAUGCCAAAUUAGUGAGAACAGUUAGCAACGUACAUUAUUUACUUGUUGGCGAUUUAUUUGAUAAUAAAAAAGUGGUCCCGAAAGAAUUGCUUAAAGAAUGUCGCUCCGGCUGUCCCAGUAAUAUAAACCGUUUUUGCGAAAAAUGGAAAGUACUGUCUACAGACGAAAACAGAACUCCAAAUGCACAUGACUUACACUCGACAUCGGUUGACUGUCUCGGCGUGCCGACCAGUUCUCGAGGUCGACGUAUAUUGCCGCCUUUAAAUUAUUGGACAGGCGAACGAAUCAUUACAAAAGAUAAUACAGCAGUUUACACUCCGGGGACUUGUAAAGAAUUGUCCGUUACUUCAUCAUUCGAUAAGAGUUCUGAAGAUAACCCUGCUGAUGGGAAACACGCAUCAAAAAAGCGUACUCGGGGCGCAGGUGGAACAAGCAAAAAAGAUGCGACGAAUGUGUCACCUCCAGUCGCAAAUAAAUCGUCCGUGACAAGAUCUUCAUGUCGACAAGAAUUACCGAAGGAGAAAAUUAUGGAAAGGAGAUUAGCGAGAAAAAUGCAAUACUCUUCUAGUGGAUCCGAGGAAGAUGAACCGAAAGUCAGAACUGCACCUAUGAAAAGAAAAAUGAAAGCGAGUGAUGCGACGACAAAAGGCAGUACCGCACCAAAACGAAUAUUGAGACAUACUAGUAAAAAUACAGCUUCGCCUCCGAGUUUUGAGCAGUUCUUCCAGAGCUCGAGCUCACCAGAUUCGUUCAAAAAACCAGCCGUGAUGGAGCCGAAAUCAAAGCCGAGCAAGCGUCAAAAAGUACAUAAAGAUGAAGCUCAAACCGUUGCUGUCGCUGGAUCUUCGAAACAAUUGACGAUGAGAAAAUCGUCCGGAGUAACGUGCGCGUUCUACAGGAACGUUCCUUGGCACAAUGACGACUUGUCAGAAGAUCAAUUAUCCACAGUGUAAACAUUAGUUUCGAGGCGAACUUGCAUAACACAUUUUCCAUUAUGAAUAUGAAAUAUUCUAGUGAAUAAAGUUUAUUAGUCUAAGGAAAUCAUUAUUUAAAAGACCAUUGAAAAAAAAAACUUUUGGAGUAUAUAUCGUUUAAUAUCACUGUCAAGCCAUUGUACAAAAUAUAUGCGAACGUUAUUCUUGUGGUGUAAACGAACGUAA